GCCUCAGAUGUCAUCGGAAAUACAAAGUGCACUCACCGGUUCUAGGGUGCUAUCUCCCUCCUCCUGCCAUCUACUGGAGGGACCUUGCUGUGGACUGGAUCUUGUGACCCAAAUGCGUGUGACAGAGACCAGCCCUGCAAUGGAAGAGUUAAUAGUUGAACUGCGCCUCUUCCUGGAGCUUCUGGACCACGAGUCCCUCACCUCCACAGUCAGGGAGAAGAAGGCGGUGCUGAGCAACAUCCUGCUGCAGAUCCAGGCGUCCCGAGGCUUUGAUGUGAAAGACCAUGCUCAGAGGCCAGAGGCCAACAGCCUGCCGGCACCGCCACAGAUGCCCCUGCCGGAGAUCCCUCAGCCCUGGCUGCCUCCUGACAGCGGGCCCCCGCCACUACCCACGUCGUCCCUCCCUGAAGGCUACUACGAGGAAGCCGUGCCGCUGAGCCCCGGAAAGGCUCCGGAGUACAUCACGUCCAAUUAUGACUCGGAUGCCAUGAGCAGCUCCUACGAGUCGUACGACGAGGAGGAGGAGGACGGGAAGGGGAAGAAGGCCCGGCACCAGUGGCCCUCGGAGGAGGCCUCCAUGGACCUGGUGAAGGACGCCAAGAUCUGCGCCUUCCUGCUGCGCAAGAAGCGCUUCGGCCAGUGGACCAAGCUACUCUGCGUCAUCAAGGACACCAAGCUGCUGUGCUACAAGAGCUCGAAGGACCAGCAGCCGCAGAUGGAGCUGCCACUGCAGGGCUGCAGCAUCGCGUACCUCCCCAAGGACAGCAAGAAGAAGCAGCACGAGCUCAAGAUCACGCAGCAGGGCGCCGACCCGCUGGUGCUCGCAGUCCAGAGCAAGGAGCAGGCCGAGCAGUGGCUGAAGGUAAUCAAAGAAGCCUACAGCGGCUGCAGUGGACCUGCGGACCUGGAGUGCCCUGCCCCGGCCAGCGCCCCUGUGCAGAAGGCAGAGCUGGAGAAGAAGCUGUCCUCGGAGAGGCCCAGCUCGGAUGGGGAGGGCACCGCGGAGAACGGGAUCGCGUGCAACGGGAAGGAGCAAGUGAAGAGGAAGAAAAGUUCCAAACCGGAGGCCAAAGGGACGGUCCCUAAAGUCACUGGAAAGAAAAUCACCAAGAUCAUCGGUUUGGGGAAGAAGAAGCCGUCCACAGAUGAGCAGACCUCGUCCGCUGAGGAGGACCUCCCCACCUGCGGCUACCUGAACGUACUCUCCAACAACCGCUGGCGGGAGCGCUGGUGCAGGGUGAAGGCCAACAAGCUGGUCUUCCACAAGGACAGGGCGGACCUGAAGACCCACAUCGUGUCCAUACCCCUCCGCGGCUGCGAGGUGAUCCCGGGCCUGGACUCCAAGCACCCCCUGACCUUCCGGCUGCUCCGCAACGGACAGGAGGUGGCCGUGCUGGAGGCCUCCUCCUCGGAAGACAUGGGCAGGUGGAUCGGGAUCCUGCUGGCGGAGACGGGCUCGUCCACUGACCCCGGGGCCCUGCACUACGACUAUAUUGAUGUGGAGAUGUCUGCCAAUGUCAUCCAGACCGCCAAGCAGACCUUCUGCUUCAUGAACAGGCGCGGAGUGUCCACCAGCCCCUACCUGGGCAGCACCACCAAUGGCUACGCAAACCCCAGCGGCACAGCUCUGCACUAUGACGCCGUCCCCUGCAUCAAUGGCUCAGGCUGUGUGUGGCAGUGGGACUCGGAGGACGGCGGUCAUCCCGCCUGUUGUGGCCCCGGCCCGGGAGAAGAGGUGCUGUACGAUAACGCAGGCCUCUACGAUAACUUGCCGUCUCCGAAAAUCUUUGCUCGCUCCUCUCCUGCCGACAGGAAGGCUUCGAGGCUGUCUGCGGACAAGCUGUCCUCUAACCACUACAAGUCCCCCGCUUCGGGCCUGCCCUGCACCCCGUCUGUCACUAACACCUCUUCUGUGGGGAGGGCGUCUCUCGGGCCCCACCUCCAGCUCAAGGGUAAGAAACCCCCACCAGCAUCGAAUGGGGUCCCUGGGAAAGGGAAAACUCCAAGCAGUCAGCAGAAAAAAGUGGAUUCCACGUCCAUCGUGAAGCGGACGGCUUCAAAUGCUGAGCAGUACAAAUACGGCAAAAACCGGGUGGAGGCGGACGCCAGGCGGCUGCAGACCAGAGAGGACGAGCUGCUGCAGAAGAAGGAGACCCUGCGGAACAGGCUGGCACAGCUGCGGAAGGAGCGGAGAGACCUGCGGGCUGCCAUCGAAGUGAACGCGGGCAGGAAGACCCAGGUGGUGCUGGAGGAGAAACUGAGGAAGCUGGAGGAGGAGUGCAAACAGAGGGAGGCGGAGCGUGUGAGCCUGGAGCUGGAGCUGACGGAGGUCAAGGAGAGCCUGAAGAAAGCCCUGGCUGGUGGCGUCACCCUGGGGCUGGCCAUCGAGCCCAAGUCGGGGACGUCCAGCCCACAGUCACCCGUGUUCCGGCACCGGACGCUGGAGAACUCUCCGGUCUCCAGCUGUGACACAAGUGACACCGAGGGCCCCUUACCCGUGAACAGUGCCGCCGUCCUAAGGAGGAGCCCGCCGGCCACAGGCAGCUCACCCUGCCGGGGCCAUGUGCUUCGAAAGGCCAAGGAAUGGGAGCUGAAGAACGGAACAUAGGAAUGGAGGUGGCUCCAGCCCCAGGCAGAGACUGCACCCCGCCAGCUCCCAGGGUCUGCAACAUGGUGCUCCCAGAGCAGCCACACAGGAUAUCCGAGGCUCUGCGACCGAGUCCUGCCAUGCCACCCUUGCCCACUGCCAACCCGUCCGCCAAGCUGCAGAACGGUGCCCUUCUGAAGUUCACUCAUGAGACCUCAGCUUCCUGUUCUCCUGUUAAAAACCCAGAAACAAAGACACUGAGCUGGAGUGGAGGAUUCCUGUGGUCAGUGGACAAGCCGCGUCCCUCCAGCCAGCCAGACGGCUGCUUUCAGCAGGGCCUGCCCUCCACCCCCCAACCAGCAGACACCAGACGGGGGGACAGAUGGACCCUGAGCCCUGGAACAGCCUGGUCACUGCCCACACCUCUCCAGGCUCCCAGCUGCGGCCAUGUGACGUCAGGGUCGCCUCGUGGCCACCUCACGGGCUGAAGAUGGGUGGCCACAGUGAGCGUGUCCUGAGCACAGUGUAUCCAGCCCUCCCUGCCCUCAGCAUCAGCGGGGCAGGCAGGCAGGCACAUCUGGUGCUAUGUCCCCACCUCACUGCUUUUCCCUGGGGCGUGGAGAGUCAACGGCGUUUUUAGAAGAAACCUCUCUGCCUGUUUCACUUAGGCCCCAUCUCCAGCGCUCCUGGUCCUGUUUCCUUGAUCUGUCUGCCUGUGACAGGCUUCGGGUGCUAUGUUUUGCCACAUUGGGCUGGAGCGGGCCUGGUACCAGAGGCCGGAUCUGCAGGCUGGAGACAUGCGGAGUCUGGGAGCCAGAGCGCCUGGUCUGCACCCUGAGGCGUGGACACGUGGCCCCGCCUCACUGCCCACUGCGCAGUGUUCCGGAGGAGGCAGACGGCGCUGGCCAGCAGCUUCUGGGGGAGGAGCUGUGGGCCUCCGAGGCGCCGUCCAGAAAGAUGCAGCACCGGACCCGCUGGGCGAUGGCUCGGCCGCUCACUGGCUGUGCUGCGGGAGCUUCUUGCCCCCAGCCCAGAGGUGCCCCUCAUGGCUCAAGGCAUCGCCAGCACUUCCACAGGCCUCAGGCAGGGCCCAUCCUCCACACUUGGGGUCCCAAGGAGCUGUCUGGUUCACUUUCGGAGCAGGAAGAUCGUCUGGGACAUGAGAAACUUUUCCAGCAAGGACCGGGGCUGCUGCCCUGGCCCCUGGCCCCUGGCCCCUGGCUCCUGGCCUGUGAAUGCAUUGAGAAGCCAUGGCCUGGGUGUCCAUGAGGCACCAGGCCUUGCCCCGGGGCUGCCACCUGGUCACACCAGCACCCACUGCCACUCCCUCUGGGUUUCCAGCCAUCACAGGAAGUUUCGGCCACUUCAUCCCAUAGAAAAUGAGAUUUGUGUAAAGGGAAGAAAUCUGUAGACCGGAAGUUCUUGCUGUGUUUGGGCCUAAUCCAUAAAGUCCUCAAUGCCAGGCUUGCAGGCUGAUCUGACCGGCAGCCACUGGUCGAGCUGCUGCUGGUUCCUGUCCCCUCCCAGAGGAGGGGCAGGCAUCACCCUCAGGUCCAGGUGGACGUCCCGGCCUGGAGCAGGCACGUAGCGAGGUGGGCAGGGACAGCACCACAGGCAGCCCGCUGUGCCUGCAGACCCUGUGGCUCUGGGUACACUGGCAGGGCUGAGGUGGGGCCGGCUCUGGGCCUGGGCUUGAUGUUCGAGGAUUGAAGCUUUGACACCCUCUUUUCUUCCUUUUUUCUUUUUUUUGGGGCGUGGCACCAGGGAUUAAACUCACAACUUUGCGCUUGCCAGGCGGGCGCCGUGCUGCUGACUGUGCCCCUGGCCCUGUCACUCACUUUUGCUUUGAAGGAAGCUGCAAAGCGGAGUGAGCCCAGCAGCUUCCCGGGCGUCCACAGAGGGCCCCAAGGAAUGCAGACUCCCAGCUCGGGCCCUGGGCCCUGUGGGCCCUGCUGGUCCCAGAUCUGACCAGAAAGUCAAUUUAAAACAUUUGUUUCAAAGUAAGUUAUUUAUUUGUAUAUGUCCCAUAAGUGUAGCUUUAAUUUAUACCUGUACAUAGUAGACACGCAGAGACAUCUGGUCCUGCUCUGGAGGGGUCUCCCUUUGUCACAUGUCAGCAUGUCCCACCAGUGACCACGGCCCUGGGAUAGCACAGGACCCCUAGUCCUCAGGACUGCAGCCGGGCCAGGUGGCAGAGGGCUGACUGGCCCUUCCUGCCGGGUAUAGGGCAGCUGCCCUGGGUCCAGUGUCAUUAAAGUGUUACCUGUCACCUCCAUAGGUCCCGGUGCUCACAGAGGUGGCCCCACAGUGAGGAGGCCAUCUGGGGGGAGGGACAACCCAGCACAGGUCAGGGAGGCCUUCCUGCCACCAUGAGGCCACUGCAUUCCCCCCCUUGCCUGGCCGUAGCUGCUAGGUGAGAUGUUACGGUCCUCAGAGUCCCUGCUGUGUGAUCCGAGGUGUCUGUAGUCCCUGCAUGGAGACUGCCACUCGGGUCACAGGGCUCAUUUCUGUACCCACCUUGGUACAAGUGCCAGCCUCACUGUCACCUGCCUCAAGAGGCAGCACUCCACUGGUGCCCAGGUGCUGGUACAGGCAUCCAGAACCUCCCAGAACCCUCCCCGUCCCCACGAUGCCACUCUGCUGUUCCUGGGAAUCCUCACCCCAUCCUGCCUACCCCGGGCUGCCUGGCCCUGGCGCACAUUGUCUGGCUGUUUCUGAACAACGUCACUGACCCGAGGGGUGGAAUCCACCACUCUGCAGACUGCACGGAGCCCACGUCCUGGGCUGCCCCCCGGGGGACUAUGCCACACACCCUUAGAACCGUGCUGGCACCCGCAAGGUGGGACUGGGGCUCCUCUAUGACACCCCACGUGCUCCCCCUGCAGCCAACAGGGCGUCCCCGGGUGCCUGAGGGCAUAGCAACUCUAAAAUGGCCAACGGUGGCCUUCCCUUCGUGUUUCUGUGUAAUUUUUAUCAGGAAGAAUAAUUUUAGACGCAUGCCGUGAUUAGAGCUGGGGUCCUGUCCCAGCCCCACGGCGGGCCCGGUUCAUACUGUGAAAACCGCCGCCGGGGGCUGUAUGCGAGGGUGGGGAGCACUGUCCUGGCCCCCAAGACUUCCGUGCCAGCUCUGCCAGCCUGAGGAGUGUCACAGCAGGAGGCUCUCCGAGGCCUCUGGAGAUCGGAGCUCUGGGACCAAAGGCGUCUUUACCCGGAAGGAGCCGCCUUGCGUUCAUCACUGGCUUUCGCCCUGCAGCGCCGAUUCACUGGCUGCAGCCGCCCAUUGUAAAGUGUUUCCUAUGAAGAAUGUAAUUAUUGCCUUACUGUAUUUUUUGAAAACUAAAGUCAUAUUUAAAAUUCUCUUUGCAACAGGCGAAGAAGCAGGACAGGAGUUUUUUUUAAUUAAACCUGUUGUCUGUGCCCGUUUGAAGCAACUGUAAAUACGUUUUCUCUGUGUCUCUAUUUAAGUUGUAAAGUAAGACCCAAACCCGUAAAGAAGAAGACUUGUGAGGAGCCCCGGGUCCGGCCCCUGCCCCAUUUUGUAAGCCCUGUACCUGAACCCUCUGCAUUCCGGGUUGAGUUCCCUGCUGUGUCCUGCGGUGUAGCCCCUGACCGGCGCCCUCUGGCGUGACGCGAGUGUACAGUUAAUAAAACGCUCUGACCGGG